ACAAUACCACCGGUAUCUCUACACCGUGUUUUGAGAUCGCGUUUCUACCCUCGGCCUAGGUAAUUUUGCACCAUCGCACGCUAGCUAUUAUCCUAAAUUAUUUUUGUAGGAUACAUUUUCCUUGCAAAGUUAACUAUCUCGGACAAGAGGGGCCCCCGAGAGAGAAGUGGACAAGCGUGUUCAAACACUCCUGCCUUAAGGGCGCUGUCUGCGGAACUCGUCACACUUUCUCUUCAUCGUUCCGCCUGGACUCACAGGUCUGCUCGCAGACCAGUGAGACCCCUGGGCGAACCCGCCAGGACACCCUAUGCGGACUCCGAGCGCUUUGCAGGAGAUAGAGCGGCAGCAACAUCUCGCCACUUGCACACACGGAACUUACUCUGCUAUCUUCCCACAAGCAAGACCGAGGGUAGUGUCUUACAACGUGCCCAAGAAGAACUGGAUCUACUACCCCAACAUCAACCGAUCUUACAUCAUCGAUAAGACGUACAACCCCCGCAUCAAGACGGCGACCGACUACUAUAUGCCCCAUCGGGACCUCCCACGUGAAGCCCCGCACCAUCCACUGAGCGCGCCCGCUGGAAAACCCCGAGUAACCCAGGCCACCUACCCCGCGUACGCUGCAAACCACAAGUACAUCGGACAGGGACGUCUGGAGAUGGACUGGAACACCAGCUACACUAUGGCCUUCAACAAACCAGAGGGAAAAUUUCCCGUGAGGUACACGCCGACAGCUCACCGCGACCCGCUGCCCCGCCUGGGCACCUACCCGCCCAACCCCACCCAGGCGUGGGGCCAACACGUCCGUAACUCCAAGGACUACUACGAAAGCUGGCCCAACACUCCUUCUAAAGCGGCGUUUGUUGGAAACACACAAGAGCAGCUCUACCAACACAGCGACCAAGACUUCUACCGCCCGGGACCCCUCAAACCCGGCCAAAACGACGGGCGGGUCGCAGGCAAGCCAUACGUACAAGACCGCUUCACACUCUGGAACGGGGCGGGGAUCGGUCCGGCUGGGCGCUAUGGCAACUGGAUGUGAGCAGGGCAUCACUACCGUCGCCUAGGCAACGGUGACGUCACCAUCAGCUCUACCCAUGAACCCCUUCUUACGAUGAUUUCAGUUUGAAGGGUUUAUAUAAAACGUAUAUACCAACAUAGUUAUCUUUCAUAGGUGCUAGAUGAAUAUAAACUUACCCUAUUCAACACUGCAUUUUUUAUAUCGGACCAAUACAAAUGAAUGAAAACAGAUCAAAACGAAACAAGAUAACUCGAACAUUUACGGAUUUUGCGUUUACGUUUGGAACAUACACCUAAAGUGGGGCUCUUUAAAUGCUAUGGUCUUCGCUUCAGCCGUAGGUGUAAGAGCAUAUCUUUGCCUUUCGCUUCCAUGGGCGUCGCCAAUUGAAAAUCGUCACUGUAAAGUCCCCAUUUUGCCCAAAGCAAACUUUGAAUAUUAAUAAUAAUGAACAUUUUAUGGCGAAGGAGGGUUGCAAGGUCCAGAACUUAACUUUUUUACCCAUCUUUAAUGAUAGAAUAGCACUGGUAGAUACACUAUAGUGUCAACUUUCCAAAGGAAAAACACAAAUGAUAAUAUACAAACACUUGAGUGUUGUGAUAGCCAAACGUACGACACAGAAUACAACAUAACGAUAUGGGAACUCAGAGUGUUUGGAACUAGUAGAGAACCAAAAUCAAGGAGCAAGAGUUCUUGCAUGCAACCUGGAUGGUUAUGAUGUGUCCGUGUCUAAAAUGGCUCUAAUUUGUUGUGGUUAAGAUAUCUUUUGCCAUUCGUUCUGCGUAUGAACAUUACAAACCUGCAUGUAUGCAGUUAUGCCUUUUUACAGCGAUGUUUUGGCCAAUAAAUCAAACAAUUAUUAUCGCAUUGUUACAAAUGAAAAGCAAUAAAAAGUAUAAUUCUUGUAAAGAUACAAAUGAAAAUCACAUUUUAAAUCAGUUGUAAAACUGCACAAAUUUAUAUCAAGGGUAAAAUGUAAAAUUUUCUAUAUUGUUUUAUUGUAAUGUUGCCAAGAAUUCAUUACGUAGCAGUGUUAUGUGACGAUUGAGAUUAAGAUCAGUGAAAUGUGAAUAAAAUCUGCACACAAGUUUAGUAAAAUGUUUUAGGAUAAGAGUUUGGAUGAUAUGUAGCUUCAGGUAGAGAUAGAUCGUUUGAUGGUUUACUCUGAAUUCUAAUCAUUCUAGAUUUUCUGGAUUGAACGUGUUAUUUGUGGAAUUUUCAAGGUUUUCAAUAUUUUCUACCAAGCCACUGCGAAUGCUGCUAUUCCAUGUGUACAUAUUCAUAGUUUUGUGGUGUCUAUCUGUAUAAUAAAUGGAUCUUCUCUAGA